CCAUGCUUCGGCCGUGGGAAGAGUGCGAGAACCUUCUCACCAUUUUUUGGAGUAUCCAUGAUUCUUCUGGAUCCGAGCCAGUUUCCGGCUGAGCAAAAGCUUCUUGCGAGCGUUCGGCGCUCUGAAACACUAAAUUGUAAGGGACUUCUAUAUCCCUGAGAAUGGCAAUUGGGAAAAUCCCAUGGAUAGAAAGAUUUUCUGCAUCAUCAACUUGCACGAGGGUGACCUUCAUGUUAUUUGUUUCUUUUUCCCUAGUUGGAGUUUGGAUGUUCUCUUCUUCGACUGUUGUGCCUCUAGUGAUUUCUCCUCAAGAAGCUAUUAAAUCUGAGUCGAAAAAGCAACUUUCUCAGAGUGAUUCUAGGCCAUUGGAGGAUCGCUCUGGCAAUGCUUUCACUCAGUCUUAUAAUUGGGGUGAAACUAGAGCUGAUAAAUUUGGAGUUGCAAACUCAGAAGGCAGUAAGAUAAAUGUGGGCGAUCAGAGAGAUGGCCAGGAUAAUGUCAUAGGAGAAAAUGUUGUGUGGAAUGCGAGCCAUAUCGAAGACAAGAUCAUUGGUCAUAAAUCCGAUGAUGGCUUGAACAAUCAAGAGCCCAAUUCAAGCGUGAAUGUUAAUGAUAAUGCAAAUGGCGAAAAACAAGAAAAUGAUAAAAAAAAAAUUAAGCCAGGGGAAUAUAAUGAUGGUUAUCGAAUGCACAGUGACAAGGACAAUGUUCGUACCAAGGAUGGAACAAAGGAAGAGGUAUUUCCUAAUGGUUUCCAGUUAGAACAUACCCAGGUUGGGGCAUGGUCAACACAAGAUACCGAGUCAAGGAAUGAGAAGGAACUGCAGGCGUCUUCUUCAAUGGGCGAAGUUAUCAAAUUCAAUUGGAAAUUAUGUAAUGUUACAGCUGAAGCAGACUACAUCCCUUGUCUGGAUAAUGACGAAGCAAUAAAGAGACUGACUACUACAAAGCAUUAUGAACAUCGAGAGAGACAUUGCCCUGAGAAGUCCCCAACCUGCCUUGUGCCGCUUCCAAAUGGAUAUAGAAGGCCAAUAAAGUGGCCCAACAGCCGAGAGAAGAUAUGGUACCGCAAUGUACCUCAUACAAAACUUGUGGAGAUGAAGGGCCAUCAAAAUUGGGUAAAAGUUUCAGGAGAGUAUCUGACUUUUCCAGGUGGUGGAACUCAGUUCAAAUUUGGUGCUUCUCACUAUAUUGACGUCAUUCAGAAGUCAUUACCUGAUAUAGCAUGGGGAAAUCAAAGCCGAGUUGUUCUGGAUGUUGGUUGUGGAGUUGCAAGCUUUGGCGGGUAUCAGUUUGAUAAAGAUGUGCUAACCAUGUCUUUUGCUCCUAAAGAUGAACAUGAAGCACAAGUGCAAUUUGCUAUUGAAAGAGGAAUUCCAGCAGUAUUAGCAGUUAUGGGCACGAAGAGGCUUCCAUUCCCUGGCAUGGUAUUUGAUGUUAUUCAUUGUGCUCGCUGUAGAGUGCCAUGGCAUAUUGAAGGUGGCAUGCUUUUGUUGGAGUUGAAUCGAUUAUUAAGGCCAGGUGGCUUCUUUGUAUGGUCUGCUACUCCAGUUUACCGAAUGACAGAAGAAGAUGUUGGGAUCUGGAAAGCUAUGUCCAAGUUGACAAAGAUGAUGUGUUGGAAAAUGGUGAGAAAAAUGAAGGAUUCUGUAAACAAAGUGGGUUUAGUUAUCUUUAGAAAGCCCUCAAACAAUGAAUGCUAUGACCAAAGAGCGGUAAAUACGCCUCCACUUUGCCAAGAAUCUGAUGAUAUGAAUGCUUCUUGGAAUGUUUCGUUGGUAGCAUGCAUGCACAGGUUACCAGGGGAUCCUGUUCUACGUGGUUUUCAUUGGCCAGCUAAAUGGCCGUCAAGGCUUGGCAAAACACCUUAUUGGCUGGGCAAGGAUCAGGUUGGGAUUUAUGGUAAACCCGCUCCUGAAGACUUUCAAGCAGACUUUGAGCAUUGGAAACGAGUUGUAAGCAAUUCAUACCUGAAUGGAAUUGGAAUCAAUUGGUCCAACAUAAGGAAUGUCAUGGAUAUGAGAUCCGUAUAUGGAGGUUUUGCUGCCGCUUUACGUGAUCUAAUGGUGUGGGUCAUGAAUGUUGUCCCAAUCGAUUCACCGGACACCCUUCCCAUUAUUUAUGAACGUGGCCUUUUUGGGAUUUAUCAUGAUUGGUGCGAAUCAUUCAGCACUUAUCCAAGAACAUAUGAUCUUCUCCAUGCCGACCAUUUAUUUUCAAGUCUUAAAAUAAGGUGCAACCUGUUGCCUGUUAUCGUCGAGGUGGACCGAAUACUGAGACCUCAAGGGAUUCUGAUUGUUAGGGACGACAUGCAAACAAUAUCUGAAGUCCAAAACAUUCUAAAAUCUCUCCAUUGGGAUAUCAGACUGACAUACUCGAAGGAGCCUGAGGGCUUGCUUGUUAUGCAGAAGAAAAUGUGGCGCCCGCAAGAAAUAGAGGCAGACACUGCUUCUGUGUCAUAGCUACAGAAAUUGGUCACAUUCUAAUAAUGUUCAAGUCAUCGGUCUGCAGGUUAGUUUUUUAUUUCAAAAUUUUUUUGGUGAGUUGCUUCUCAUUAUAUGAAAUAAUUUCUUUUUCUUAUGAGCAAAUUUGGUGAUAUUCAUAGUUGGCUGAGUUCAUUUUUUGUCUUUUAGUGGGUUUAAUGUCUAGGAAGCAUAAUCCUGUUAUUUUACAAUCUAAAAAUUAGAAACUUAUUUAAAAUUAUAGAGCUUGUAUGAAUGAGUUCUGAUCGCACA